AUGGGUCUCUUAGAUAAGCUCGCCAGCAAGGUCGGUGGCAACAGCUCCGGCCGACCCCAAUCGCAACAGUACGGCGGUGGCGGCGGCUAUGCUGGAGGCGGAUACGGUCAGCAACCUCCUUAUCAACACCAAAACUCGUACGGCAGCGGCUAUGGACAAGCACCACCGCAGCACGGCGCUGCGUCCUCACCGCAACCGCCUUCCACAACAUCAGAGAAGCCGCAGGACGACAACCGUCCACUGCCGGAAGGAUGGGUUAAGCAGUGGGACAACAACUACUCUCGCUACUUCUACGUCGACACCAAAGCUACGCCUCCACGUUCCAUCUGGGUACACCCAGAUGAGGAGAACAAGGGCAGCAGCUCAGGAGGCUAUGCUCCCCCAUCCGGUCCUCCCACCGAUAGUCGCGCUUGGGGUCAGCAGCCACCACCGCAGCAGCACUAUCAGCAACCGCCCUACGGCGCUCAACCGCAAUACGGCGCAUAUCCUCAGCAAGGUGGGUACGCUGCAUACCCCCAACAGCCUAUGUACGCUCAACAGCCUAUGAUGGCAGGUGGAAGGAUGGGAGGUGGUCGCUUCGGCGGCGGCGGCGGUGGUGGCAUGGGCAUGGCAGGUGGUGCUGCCCUCGGCCUCGGUGCCGGUAUGCUCGGCGGUGCGCUCAUUGCAAACGGCAUGAAUGACGCUUAUCAGGACGGCUAUCAGGAUGCUCAGCAGGACGACUUUGGCGGUGGCGACGAUUUUGGUGGUGGAGACUUUUAA